GUUUAAUUUCAUAACAUAUAACAUGUAUGGAAUUAUGCAUAUAGAACAAUUAACUAGUAGAGGAGUAUUUGCAGGCUCUGGGAAAUGGUCCUGCUGUCCACGCAGGCACAAUUAAGCUUCACUGUCAGGUAGCCAGAGGGACAAGUAGCCAGCAUUAGUGGUCAAAAGUAACAGAUGAGCCCAGAGGGGCUUUGCUUGGCUAAUUGCCUUUCAAGCUUUAAUCCAUUGUUUUGUUUUGUUUUGUUUAAGAUCAAACUGUAGACACUGAUUAAGCCCCUCAUUAUUUAAUACAGUGUGUUACCCAGACAGUGAAUUAUUAUAAUAUAGAGCAUACGCUAAUGCUGCUAAAAGCGCAUCUUUAUUCCAGUGUUAUUUUUUUGGCUUCUCUUCUUCUCGGCAGGGCCAAAGUCUUCCUUCUCCCUUGUGCAUCAUCAUCAUCAGGCAGCAGAAUCGGCAGGAGGAGGAGCAGGAACCGGCAGCAUGUUUGAUUCAGAUCUUGGGAGGUGGCUUUUGUAGACAACUCGAGUUGUUGUUUUUUUGUGCUGGAAGGUGAUUUUAUCUUGUGAAAAAGAUGGUAUCUUUAGCAGCUUUUGCUGGCGCAGGGAAGAGAUAAGGCUUUCCCCUGGUGCUAGGAAUCGAUAAAGAGGCAGGGGAUUGUGAAUCGAAAAGCUCUCAACUUUGGAGGAGGAGGAGGAGGAGGAAGAGGAGAGGAGAGGAGAUCGCGGAGCAUAAGCUGGCAAACAAGUGGUGGGAGCGAGUCGAUGUGCCUGGGAUGGCCGGGAUGGAGGCCGGCGCCCAGGGCGGGGGCGGAGGAGGCCCUUCGCGCUACUUCCACCACCUGCUGCGGCCGCCGCCGCCGCCGUCGACGCACGUACCGCCGCAGGAUUCCGGUCUCUCCCCGGAGAAAAGCCCCAAGCCUUCCCGCGAGGAGCACGGGGAGCAGCCGCUAUCUGACUCUUCGCCGGCCGGCACGUCGGGUGGGUCCGCUCGGCGGGCGCGCGGCAGGCCGCCGGGGUCCAAGAACAAGCCGAAGCCGCCGAUUAUCGUCACGCGCGACUCCCCCAACGCGCUCCGCUCGCACGUGCUCGAGGUCGCCGCCGGCGCCGACGUCUUCGAGUGCGUCUCCGAGUACGCUCGCCGGCGCGGCCGCGGCAUCUCGGUCCUCAGCGGCGUCGGCUCCGUCACCAACGUGGCGCUCCGCCAGCCGGGGGCCUCGCCGCCGGGGAGCGUGGUGGCCACUCUGCGCGGCCGGUUCGAGAUCCUCUCCCUGACGGGCACCGUCCUGCCGCCGCCGGCGCCGCCAGGCGCCGGCGGCCUCUCCAUCUUCCUGGCCGGAGGCCAGGGUCAGGUCAUCGGCGGCAGCGUGGCCGGGCCGCUCGUGGCCACGGCGCCGGUAGUCCUCAUGGUCGCCUCGUUUGCCAAUGCGGUCUACGAGCGGCUGCCGCUGGAGGGCGGCGAAGAGGAGGAGGAGGCCGCCGCCGCCGCCGCGCCACCAGGCCAGCAGCCCGCCGUGUCGCAGUCUUCCGGCGUCACGGGAGGCUGCGAAGGCGGCGGAAGCAGCGGCGUCCCGUUCUAUAACUUGGGCGGCGGCUACCAGCUCCCAAGCGACGCCUUCGGAUGGGGCACUACCGGCGGAGUCCGACCACCAUUUUAGUCAACUCUAAUUUCCUUCUCCAGUGGAUUUGCCUUCUCCCUCUUCCUCUACUAAUCAUUAAUCACACUGGAUCUGCCUUCUUCCCGGAGGAGCUCUCAAAUCGCCAUUAAAAACAGCAAGCUCAACCCAUACCAAUCAGACCAGGUGCGCAAUGGAUUCAUUGUAUCUUCUUCUCCCGCUUUCCUUUGAACUGAACUGAAGAAUGUCAAUCAAGAAUCCAUCUUUAUUUUAUAUUUUUCUAGUCAUGCAUUUUAUUUAAA